AUGGCAUCUGAGGACGGUGCGGGUAUUGUGUCAAACGUCGGAUGUGAUGUAAAUAAUACGAGUCAGCGGGCAAUCGUGUCAGUCGGGAGCGAAACGGCGGGCGUUACGUCAUCCGGGACGGUGGCGAGUGUCGUCGUCGAGGAGACGGACGUGGAGGCGCGCGAACCCGCGCGUAAUUCGCCGAGGACGCCCACGGAUCUCCCUGCAGCGUCACCGUCUCACACGAACACGGAAGGGCACGCGUUACAGAGUAGUGCGGGCCUCGCGGGCUCGUCUGGUGAUGUGGCUCAACUGGCUGCGAGCAGCGAGCGAAGCGAGCCCGACAACGAAACGCACCAACCGUCCGCUCCACGACGCAGCAUGUCUCGUCAUGAUAGCGACCUGGACAACACCGCUCGUCUUCCGGGAGAGCCAGACGGAAGUCCAGAUCAUUGCAACAAUGAUGUAGUAAAAACUGCUAAGGAUCCGAUUGAACAUAUUACACAUACCGAUUCUACAUGUGACAACGACACAAUGUUAUCUGGAGACAUGCACAUAUUAUCCACAAAACCGAAAUUGGAAGGCUGUGUUAAUUUCUCCAAUAACACACCACAGUUGGGAGAGAGUCCGCAAAGUAAUGGUGAAGUGAUCAGUAGUCCGAGGAGUCCUGACUAUCCUCCAAGAGUUUCUAUCAGUCCUGAUCCUCAAGAUACGACAUUUCCCAUUAGCAUAAUGUCGGCAAAUUCUACAGUUAUUAUGGACACAGCAAAAUAUAACGAAGAGAAUAUUGACAAGAAUACGGUCACGUGUAUGGAUAAAAUAGUUGAUAAUCUAUUUUGUUCAUCGCCGACGAAAAUAGGAAAUUCUCAAGUUAUAAAAACGGAAUUGAACGAGCAGCAAGAUGCUGCGGGAGAAGACGUUAUAAACAAAGAACUGACAACGGAGCCUAUUGAGAUUAAGAAAGAAUUUGUAGACUUGCAGGAGACAUUUCAAAUGGUUAAAUCCGAAUGGACAAAAGAUAAUUUUUCGGAGAUAGAGUCGAAUGGAAAGAAACUGGCGAUAGAAUUCCAUGAUAAAUCCACGGAUUCUAUUGCUAAUCCAUCUUCCAGUUUGCACUCGUCUUCGAAAGAGAAACGUUCCAAAGAAGACAGACGAUAUUGUUCACGAUGUCACAAACGCAAAGGAAUUAAACGAGCAAGCAUUGGCGUACAAUGCAAACGGGACCGUCACGUUUUGUCUUCGUUAAGUAGCAAGAUUCUCCCUUUCUCGAAAUCGGUCAAUGAAAACUUAAGGUUAAACCUACAAACAAAAAACUAUAAGAUGCUAAACAAUCCGGUGACGAAAAAGGAAUUGCUGGAAGGCCUAAAGUACAAAAAGUUCAUCCAUAUAGAAACGUAUCCUAAUGGUGGUGCAACAGUUGUCCAUAUGUUUCAGGAUGAAAUUAGUACUUUAACAAAUGAGCAAAUGCAAGAAUUGGCACAGGAGUAUUUCAAAGUGGUUUUCGGUGAAGACGAAAAUGGAAAUGCUCAUCAUGUUAUGGGUAUAGUACAUAAUGCAGCUGCAUACCUACCUGAUCUUCUGGACUAUAUGGCGAAUAAUUAUUCCACGUUGACUGUAAAAAACGGGGUAUUAGGUAGAAACAGUGAUAUAGAAACAACCACAAUGGCUCAAUACAAAGAUCAAGUUUGUAAAGCUUAUAGUAACGGUACUAUUAGAUAUGGGCCAUUGCAUCAAAUAAGUCUGGUGGGUACUGUUCACGAAGAAGUUGGUGGAUAUUUUCCAGAUCUACUACAAAAAUUAGAAGAAAACCCUUUCCUAAAAAUGACAAUGCCUUGGGGACCUCUGUCCGUCGUGAAGAUGGAUACGCCGCAAGAGUCAAACGACGGCCCUAUCUUGUGGAUCCGACCAGGCGAACAGCUAGUACCAACGGCCGACAUAAAUAAAAGCCCGUAUAAACGACGUAGGACGGGCAUUAACGAGUUGAGAAAUUUACAGUAUCUACCACGGCUCAGCGAGGCUCGAGAGUACAUGUUCGAAGAUCGUACGAAGGCACACGCCGAUCACGUUGGUCAUGGAUUGGACAGGAUGACCACAGCGGCAGUUGGCGUGCUGAAAGCCGUCCACGGUGGUCAAGCGUCCCAAUACAACAGGAUCACGAAGGAUGUCGUGGCUUUUUACGCGGGCGACUUUACCGAGCUUGUCGAAAAAUUACAAUUGGACUUGCACGAGCCGCCGAUAUCGCAGUGCGUGCAGUGGGUGGAGGAUGCGAAACUGAAUCAGUUGCGUCGACAAGGUGUUCGUUAUGCUAAGAUAAAUCUGUACGAUAAUGACAUAUAUUUUCUACCACGCAACAUCAUCCAUCAGUUCAGGACAGUUUCAGCUGUUUCGAGUAUCGCUUGGCACAUCAGACUGAAACAGUACUACCCAGAAUCGCAGCACAGUACGAGUAUCAGACACAGCCGUGUAGUAAAUGAAUCUGCUCAUCGCAUCAAGGAGAAAAAGCCUCUAGAAGCUGUUGGCGACGAGCAGAAGGAGAAUACAAAUCGGCAGCGUUUAGAUCAGAAACUGUCGAUUGAUUCUCUCGAGAAGGCGAAGGAGAGAGCAGCCGAAUAUCAGGGUAAUCUGAAGAAAUCCGAUCAGCACGGAAAGCAUCGCAAGAAUCGACAUCACUCCAGCCAUUCGUCGCUCAAACGAAAGGAUAAGGAAGAGUGUAGUGACAACCAGUCGUCGGAUCUAUUUGGCAGCACUAAAUCAUCCAAGAGUGAAACCAGCGAGCAGAAGCAGAGCGGCGAUAAGAGGGACGAAAAGAGAUCUGAGAAGAAACACAAGGAUCGCCGUCGCAGCAGUGAAAAGUCGAGUAGUCAUCAUACGCAUAGUAACAGUAGUAGCAGUUCUGAUAAUUGUCACUCUUGCAAGAAGAAAAAAUAUGACAGUAACGGCCACAAGUUGGAUCAUCGUUGCAGUCAUCAUGAGAGAUCUAACAGUAAGAGUAUAUCGAGUAAAGAAAGCGUAGCCGGGAUAGUAGAAACGAGAAUAGCUUCCAAGUUUGACAAUUCAUCUUCCUUGAAGGAGGCCAAGAGACGAUUGAGCUCGGAAUUGUCUCCGUCGGUAGACACCCCUGGGUCCGAAGAUUCUUCUCCAAUUAUUCUCGACGAAGAAUUAUUGAUACAGCGGCAGACUGUUGCCAAAACAUACGCCACUGAGGUUGUGGAUAGGGCAUUAGAGAUAGCUAUCUACAAAUCGAAGACUGAUGUCCAGGAAGUGUGCCAGUCGCUGCGUACUGAAGUUUCGGAAGCUUCGAAGGAAGUGCUGGAGAAGAUUCGCAAGGAAAGUUUUGAAAUAGCCGAGCAAUGCUUCAAAGAUGACGCUGUAAAACUGCAGAGAUACUGCCAUGUACUCGAAAUAGAAACCAUGUUAGCAUUCACGUCGAAAAUGGAAUGCGCGACGGAAAACGCCGUUAAAGCACUGAUCGAAAUGGCGGAAGACGAGGCGAAGGAAAGAGCGAAAAAUGAGAAAACCAGCGAUUUUGCAACCAACGGUAAUCCAUGCAGCGAAAAUUCAGCAGCGACAUCGACGACGAUCGGUAUCUCCUCGUAUUCCUCGUCCGUGAUGUCCUCCACAUCUCCGUCGACGGAGAACGAAAGACACAGCAACAGCAGGAACGGUAGUAGCGACGAGAAUUCACCGAAAUCGUCCGAAUCUCACGGUACGGCCCACUCGAAAUCAAAAUGCAGAAGCAGGGACGAGAAGGAUUGUAGAGAACAAAGGCACAAGAAAAGAAGGGAUCACGAGAGACGGGAGAGAAAGCACGAUCGACAUCAUCAUCGGAGUCCCACUCAGUUAAAAUCCGAGUCUAAAGCGUCCAAUGACAACAAGGAUGACGCUUUGAGUAUUUCUGGGCUGUCGCACGGUUACCCUACCGUUGAAAAGUCAGAGCGGACGAGCUCGAAAAAUGUGGAGAAGAAAUCCGAGGAGAGGAGAAAGAAAUGUCACUGCGAUCACCACUGCACUCACAGACACGGGGAGAAGAGGUCGUCCGGCACCAGCAAGAAUAGCCACGCGACGUCGAGUCGCUCCCACUCGUCGAGCUCGAAGCACAAGAGAAAGUCCAGCUCGUCCGGUGAGCACAAGGAGGCGAAGAGACCAUGUUUGGAAAAGGACUCGAGCGUGCGAACUUCAGAAUCGAGUGUGCAGCUGAGCAACGUGGUAAGCAUGACGGUGACAACGGCGGCGACGACGGCGACGGCGAUAGCAACGGCAACGACGACGAUGACGACGACGACGGCGACAACAACAACGACGACGACAGCGACGAUGACGACGACGACGACGAUGACAACGAUGACAACGAUGACGACGACGACGAUGGCAACGGCAACAACGACAAAUUCGACACAUUUGUCACCGACGAACACUAUUGUGUCAACCACGUGAAAAGGUGAUUUCUUGGCGACUGUAGUACAAUCCGUUCGUUAAGAGCGCAAAUCCGCACGCGGCGGAACGAAACCGGUGUUUUAUUUGAGCGCGAAUUCUAAUCGUAUAUCGUCAUAUUCCGUGCGUCCAAACACACGCGAGAGGGGUAUGGACAGCGGGAUAAAUUUAUAUAAAUCACGGGAGACAUACUUUUUUUGAAAAAAAGUAGAGAUCGCCGUGUUUCAAUCCAAAGACAAGAGAUAGAAUCUUCACUUGAUUGACAAGAGUUUACUAUCUUCUUCCUGCGAUUACAUACACAUACAUAAUAUUAUUCAUUUGAACAUAGCACACACGUAUUCGCCUUAGUCUCGAACAGAGAACAGUUAACAAUACGAGAAAACGGUAUUGUUCUCCAGAAAGUACACUCGCAUCUAUUAUACAUACACACGAACCCAUAAACACCCUUCCAAUACAGGACCGCAAAAAUUAUUUUGCUACGAAAGAAAUCCGGACGUCUCAUUAUUACUGAGAGAAUUGAAACAAAUAUUUAUAGUAUAGACGACCAAAUGAGCGGCGUAGGAAAAGGAAAUUUGUGUGUACAAAUUUAUGAUCGUGGAAAUUGAUCCCAUUUAAUAUGACGGAGCCUGUGUAUUUGUACAUAGAUUAAAAAUAUUGUUUCCUUUUCCGAAUUAUACGAUAUCUCACCACGCGGAGAGCUCACUUAAGUUAUUUAUAUGCGUUAAUUAUUUAUGACGAUUUUUAUUGGCUAUUCUGCGCUAACAUAAAACCAAGUCCGUACUACGAAAAUUUGAUCGCGAUUUCCCAGUCGAGAUG